ACGAAGCUUUCCCAUCAUGUUCGUCUUUCUCUCUUCCUCCCAAUUGUUAGGGUUUUAACUGUACCUGGGUUCUGUAGAGGAGAAAUUCAAAAAAUAAAAUAAAAAAUUCUUGAGCUAAACGGACGAACUUUAAGUUCAUGGACCGCUUGCGUCCUCGUAACAGACCCUUGUUUUCUGGAUUUACAAAUUCCGAGAUUGGGAAGAUGGAAAAAUUGCUAACGGAAUCUAAAGAACGAUCAUUUGGUCAGGAAUUUUACCAAAACCUCGCUAAAAAUUUCAACCGUUCCUCUGGUCGUGCUGGGAAACCUGUCAUAAAAUGGACAGAGAUACACAGUUGGUUUCAGACUAGGCUCCAAGACUUACCACGAGACCUUGAAUGUAAGGAAGGAGGAAUUACCCGAGACUCAUCAAACUUGGAAUUUGAAGCGAGGUCAUCAAAAGAUGGAGCAUGGUAUGAUGUUGAGACAUUUCUAGCUCACAGAUUUCUUAGCACAGGAGAAGCUGAAGCUCAUGUCAGAUUUGUUGGAUUUGGAGCUGAGGAAGAUGAAUGGGUCAAUAUAAAAAAUUCAGUCCGAGAACGCUCUGUUCCUUUGGAAAACACAGAGUGUUCCAACCUGAAAGUUGGAGACCCCGUCCUGUGUUUCCAGGAGAGGAGAGAUCAAGCAAUUUACUAUGAUGCUCACAUUAUAGAGAUCCAAAGGAGAAUGCAUGAUAUCAGAGGCUGCAGGUGUCUCAUAUUAAUUCGGUAUGAUCAUGAUAACAGUGAGGAAAGUGUUCGCUUGAGGAGACUAUGCCGGAGACCAAGAUCUUAGUUGUAUUAGGCAUCAAUUCAUUUCGACAUGCAAAUUUAAUAACGGAAACAUGUGUUCCUCUUUUGAUUUUUUGUUGGUAGUGAAGAAGCUGUAGAAGUUGAAAGGUGAAACUUUUUUACAAAAAAAAAAAAAAAGGUUGAAACUUAUGGAAAAUAUUAUAGUCGUAACUUGUGCUCCAAGGAGGAGAGAAGAUAGAAUGUAAAGUUUGAAAACAUGGUUAGCAACCCCAGUUAAGACGCCUGGGAUGUAGUAUUGUUUAAUUGGCAUAUUUUUAUGCUCGUUGAGUAUAUGGUUUUUGGGAGAUUUGCUGAACCGGUAUGCAGUUU